GAGCUACACAAAAAUACAUGACCAAAAAUAGCAAAACACCCACAAGUUGAAAGUCAUCACCGGAGCUGGUCAAAAAAAUCCCCAAAUCAGAAAAGAAAAUAGAAAUGGCGGUACGGCAGAAAGCGGUGGCGACACUGCCAACGCUAAUGAGAGCAUUAAGAAAAGAAUCACCAUCAAUCCCACAAAGAUUGCCUUCAUUAAGAAGAGCUUUUUCUUUAUAUGAUCAAGUUAAUCUCAUUGAUAACAUCCCUGAAGACCAAUUACGUUUCCAAAGGUAUACCGAUACAGGAUUCACUGUUAAUGGGGUUGACUAUGAAGGAAGUUUGCUUUCUGUUGGUAACCUGUUAUUGUCUUGGACUCCAAAGAAUAUGUCGGAGAUAACUACUGACAGCUUAUCGAUCUUCCAAGCAGUUCGACCCAUACCAGAAAUUUUGAUAAUUGGCACUGGAAGAUAUAUUCAGCCUAUAGAUCCCGAGAUACGCAAGUUCAUUCGCUCUACAGGCAUGAAGUUAGAGGCUAUUGACUCGAGAAAUGCAUCAUCUACAUACAACAUACUAAACGAGGAAGGCAGGAUUGUAGCUGCUGCACUUCUUCCUUAUGGAGUUUCUUCUUAGUAACCUCUGGUGAACCCAACUUUGUAGACGCUUUCUAGUUUAUGUUCCCAUUGGGGGAAAUCAUAACUGAGUUGCUGCGGAAUGUUGAAAGCAUCAUCAUCAUCGGUGUCACACAAACUUGCUAUAUUGUAAACGGCUGUGUCAAGUACUUGAUUUGUUGAUAAAAGUUUGUAGAAUAAACUUGAUAUUUUGGUUUCACAGCUUGUUCUUGUUGUUGCAUAAGAAAAACUUUAUUAAAUUUAGCAA